CGAUAUCUCGGCCUGGACCACACCGCAAGGAGCAAAGGACCGCAUCCGCACCCGCAUCCGCCGCUCGAGCCGCUCAACCUGUGAGGCCUAGUCCGCUGCAUUCGACCCCUGUCGCCCACCAAAUUAUUGCAUCAUGAGUUUCUUCGGAGCCAACCAAAACUCGGUUAACCCCCAGCGUUUGGCUGUUGCUGAACAGGAGCUGGAAAUGGUCACCACUCUGUUUGACAACAUCAUCAACGCCUGCCACAGCAAGUGCAUAGCCAAGACCUACAUCGAGGAGACGCUGAACAAGGGCGAGUCGGUGUGCGUCGACCGAUGCGUUGCCAAGUACUUUGAGGUCAACAAGAUUGUGGGAGAGAAGCUGACAUCGAUCGCGCAGGGCGGAGGCGCUGCCAAUGUCGGAGGAUUCUAGAGCACCAAUGAGGGGAAUACAUUAUCGCUUUCACCCGCACGACGCUGGCGGUGCUCGCU